AGUUCUCAUAAAUAUAAUUCAGUUCAAUCUCAAAGACGAAAGCAAAUUUGCGAUUGUGGACGUUUUGAAAUCACCAUCUCCGAUAGGAGCAAUACGACAACCAUAAGAGUCAUCUUCACUUUGUUUCUCUGCAGUUUCUUCUUGCAUAUUAUAGUUUUUACCAGAAUUGUUUGUAGAAGUUCUUCCCCGAAACUAAAAAACAAAAUGACUGCUCCAACCGACGACCAGAUCGCUCAGUUCAUGAGCAUUACUGGCCUCAACGAGCAUGAACAGGCUAAGAGCUAUCUGGAAAUGUCAAACGCCAACCUGGAGACGGCAGUGACGUUGUUUUUCGACUCUGGUGGCAAUGCUGGAGCUGGAGGAGGUGGAACGGGAGGCCCGCCGCCAGGCACAGGCGGCGACUUUGGCGGUGAUUUUCCCGUGAUCCCGCCAGAAGACGAUGAUGUCCGAGCUCCGAUCGCUGCGUAUCAGGACCAAAUUAUCGGAAGCGCACCGGGGGGAAGAAGCAGGGAUGCGGAAGCAAAGUAUAAUUGGAAUUUUUGACCUACUACUUUGUGACCUUGUAUAACAAAAUUUUUGACUUUGUGAGUGAUCCGAGGAGGACUAUGGAAAUUAUAGAUGGGUCUGGGUGCUGAUGAUCUCUACUUGUUUCACUUGAAAAGCAACAGCCUGCUCUCACAGACAAUGUUCAAGCUAAAUUCCCUGACUUCGCCCAACCAUCUCGUAUCACACAGGGCUCACCAAGAGCGGUUAGAAAAAGACCAUAAGGACAUGCUUCAGCGAAUGACUUUCGCGCAACAAGAGGGAACAAGUAGCAGUAGCAACGACAAAAGUAAGACUGGUGGUGGCGCGAAGGCUAAGGAACACGCCUCAGCUGCUUAUCUGAAUAAGAUAUUCGCGACUCCGAGCUAUUCGGAGGUACAUGCUAGAUUUUGUUGAAGGGUCGUGGACGCUGGUACUAAAAGUAUGUUUCAGUUCCAACAUUGUACUCAUGGCAUUUCUCAUUUUGCUUGGACCACAAGAAUCUGAUUUCCCCCCGUAUAGCUUCUACUGAUCCUAAUCUUUCCCACGACUAACCGGCUCAUCCCCAACAGAUCGGUUCCUUUGCCGACGCCAUUAAUCGAGCCAUGAACGAGGAGAAGUUUCUUCUUGUGAACUUGCAGAGUAAGGACGAAUUUGCUUCAUGGCAGCUGAACCGAGACAUCUGGAACAACGAGCUGGUGCAGGAUCUUGUGUCGCAGAACUUUGUUUUCUGGCAAAAAGACAAUGUUAGCGACCAAGGGAAGAUGUUUGCGAGGUAGUUCCUACAUGAUUCGAAUCCACUUCUAUGGGGAAAUUUUUGAAGAUGUCUCUUUAUUAUAAGAAGAAAUUUUUGCUAUCUCCGAUUCUUGUUUUAUAAUUCGUCAACAUGCUCAACACAAUCUCGCCCAUCGCAGUUACUACAAGAUUACAAGUUUUCCGCAUAUCUGCUUCAUUGAUCCGCGAACGAAGAGAAGUGUAAAAAGCUGGGACGGGAAGAAAUGGAGCGACAGCACUGUAGCCGUUGAAAUGCUGACCGGUUUCGCGGAUAAGCACAGUCUUAGUGUUAUGGGAGGGGUUUUUGUUUGAAUUAUUUGUUGAGAUCUAGAAGUAGAACUAGAAGAUGUAGAUGGUGAAAAUGGUUUCCAUUUUAGACGUGGUCGUGGUACGUAGAAAAUCAACAAUAGCGAAGAUUUGUAGUUCUUUAGCUUCACCUUAAAGGAUUCAGACGAUGCUUCAUUUUUCUCUGCUCUAAAACCAGCGGCCAACGACCUCCUCCACCGCCUGCGGCCUUCGCAAACGGUCCAGUAUCUGGCUCCUCCGCAUCAACCGGCAAUCCACCAGGUAGCGGAGGUCCUCCUAUCGCGAUAUCCUCAUCAUCUGGUGGCACACUUUCUUCAUCAUCUUCAUCUAGUAGUGCAUCAGGCGCUCUCACAACAGGAGGUGACUCAAGUGCUCUUGUAGCAGGUGGACAAGGCGGUAUUUCUGAUGCCAGCACGACUGGUACUGUUGUGGAAGUUGUAGGAGACGAUCCAGCAGCGAAGAAAGCUAAGCAUGAAGACGUACCCCCAUUACCAGAGGAGCCGGCGGAUAGCGAGAAUCCAGUAAAACUCACGUUGAGGUUGCUCGAUGGAAGAAGAUCAAAUCCGAUAAAGGUACCGCAUCAUCUCUUCUUCAUUUUCUGCUUAUCCCAGUAGACGAUAAUAUUCAAAUUUAUUAAAAACGCACGGUGGAGCGCAGUACUCCUCUGCACAGAUACAGUCAGUUUCUUUCUUUGCAGUGAAAUAGUUUCUUGAAUUCUAAGGCCAACGAGAUUAUUAAAAACGCACGCCACAAUGUCGAUUGCGAUUCUUUUCACAAACUCAUACAUUUGUACAUCUUCAUUCCUUUUUCCGUACCUGUUCAGGUCCUCCCCACCCACCCUUUAUCCCGAGUAUUUCAGACCGCGGCACACCUAUGCGUGACCGGCAUCGAAGACAUCGAUCUGUUCACGGCCUUUCCUGUCAAAUCCUUGCGGUCAGGGUUUUCUAUGAAUGCGACCGUAGCAGAGACAGGAAUAGCAGGAACAAUGCUGAAUGUGAGACCUACGAAAACAUAGCCUGGCAGGCUUUUGGGGGAGAUAAUCAGGGUCUUCUGAACUCAACGAAGAACUCUUCUUUUUUCUCAGGACAACUGCUUCUGAAUGCAUUACAUACUAAGUACCUAGAUGAGGACCCAUUCCGAAACAAGACCAUACAGCACUCAGAGAUAUGUAUUCCUUUUCUGGAUUGCGUGGAUGCAGCACGACAGGGAGGAUUUCAUAACUUUUUCAAAUACCGAAUCAUGAAUUUUUUUACGCAAACAAAAUAUGGGCAAGAAUAUAUUAUAAGAAAAAACC